UUUCGUUGGUCCACCGCGUGAUAUGCAUCAGACAGACUGCUUCCGACUGCAACGUCGAGCCAGAAUCCGUCUCGCACCAUGGCGACCACAACUGCCAAGUACGCCACCUUUGGCACGCCACCGGCGACGCACCCGGCCGCGUCGGCCAACGCCUUUUCGCGCGCCUACUUUGGCUGGGCGCUGCCGCUCAUUCGCACGCCGCGCCAGCUCAACCUUGACGACGUGUGGCACCUUGCGCCCGAGACGACGUGCGCAACCAACUCGGCGCCGCUCGCGGCGGCCUACGCCGAGUCAUCGUCGGUCGUCAAAGCCUUUUUGCGGGCCUACGGCGGGUCGUACUUUCUUAUGGCACUCCUCGACUUGCUCCUCCGCCUUCUCGAGCUCGUCGGGCCCAUCGUGCUCAACAAGGUCGUCGGCGCUGUCGACGCGCCGUCAACAUUGUACCACUGGGUCGGUCUUCUCUGUCUCUCGAUGACGUCGCAUGCCUUUUUGCUCGCGCACUGCGCCGUCCUCGAAGAAACCACGUUGGUGCGGUUUACAUCAGGUCUAAAAGGCCUCUUGUUCCAGAAGCUCCAGCGACGCAGCCUCGUCGCCAACGACAACGUACCCGAGCUCGCCAACAUUUACACAGCCGACCUCGGCACGAUCGAGUGGGGUCUCCUCUCGCUUCUCGGCGUAUGGAUCCUCCCGUGCCAGAUUGUGAGCAUUGUCUACCUCCUCUACCAAGAGAUUGGCCUCGCCGUCUUUGCCGGCAUCGCCGUCAUUGUCGUGUCCAUGCUCGUCGGCGGGUACAUCUCGACAGUGGUCGGCACCGCCUACGACAACGUCAGCACGGCCCGCGACGUGCGCAUGAAGGCUGUCAAGGAGACCUUUGGCUCAGUUCUUAUUGUCAAGCUCCAGGCGUGGGAGCGCCAGGUUGCGGAGAAGCUCGCCAUCCUUCGCGGCACCGAGCUACUCUAUGUGUGGCAACUCGUGCGCACCGAGGCGUUUGGCAUCUUUUGCAUGUACGCCGCGCCGCUCGCCGUCUCGGUGGCCUCGUUUGUCUGCUACACGCUCGUGCUGGGACACACGCUGACGCCGGCCAAGGUCUUUACGUCCAUUGCCCUCUUCCGCAUGCUGCAAGAGCCAAUGAACCAAACGCCGGACAACGUCACGGGGAUCAUCGAAGCGUGGACCGCGAUUCGCCGCAUCGGCGAGUUUCUCAGCCAGCCCGACAAGCCGUUGCCGCCGCCCGUGUUGUCCACGGCUCCGGAGAUGGUGCUGGCCAUGGAAGGCAUUGAUGCGUCGUGGGACAAUGCGACCGUCCAUCUCGCCAAGCUCCACGUGAGCAUUCGCCGCGGGGACUUGGUCGUCGUGCACGGCAAGGUCGGCAGUGGCAAGUCGUCACUCUGCAUGGCGCUUCUCGGCGAGAUGCAUGCUCUCUCGGGGCGCAUGGCUGUCAACGGUCGCAUUGGCUACUGCCCGCAAGAACCGUGGAUCCAGCACAUGAGUCUUCGCGACAACAUCCUCUUUGGCCGCCCGCUGGACGCCUCUCGGUACGCAGCCGUCGUCGAUGCGUGUGGCCUUGUUGCCGACUUCGAGCAAAUGAAAUUUGGCGACGGCACGCUCGCAAGCUCCAAGGGCGCCAACCUCAGCGGUGGCCAGAAGGCGCGUCUCGGGCUUGCUCGUGCGGUCUACAGCGACGCGGACAUUCUUCUUUUGGACGCACCCUUGGCCGCCAUCGACGCCGUCGUUCAGAAAGAGAUCUUUACCAAGUGUAUUCUGUCGCUUCUCGCAACCAAGACGGUCGUUCUUGUGACGCACAACCGCGACAUCAUCGACUCGGUGCACGUCCACCAAGUGAUCGAGAUGGACAACGGUGGUAUCGUCGCGCACGUGCAGCGCAAGCCGCCGGCGCCGCCCGCGACGAUCCAGCACGCGUCGGUCGAGGUGGCGGUGGCCGCCAACGACCGCUGGGACGCGUACUUUAACGACGCGAUCGAUGACGACGACGACAAGGCCGAAUCCCAAGAAGACGAACACCGCGAAGAAGGCCAGGUCGCGGGUGACGUGUUUCGCCGCUUUCUGGCCGCGUGCGGCGGCGGCCCGACGAUCGCGGUCGUCGUUGCCUGUCAGCUGCUCUGGCAAGCCUUCCAGGUCGCGAGCGACUUUUGGCUCAGCCACUGGACGUCGACCGUCGUAGCCACGGAGAAGGACGAUGCAUCGUACUACCUUGGUAUCUACGGCGGUCUCUGUUUGGCGAGCGUUCUCAUGGUGCUCUUCCGCACGAUCACGGUCGCGAGAGCGGGUCUCCGCGCCUCGAAACACCUCUUUGAGACCAUGACGACGUCGCUUUUGGCGGCGCCGAUGCGAUUCUUUGACGCAACACCGAGCGGCCGCAUCAUCAACCGGUACGGCGACGAUGUGGCGACCAUCGACACGCGACUGCCGGUCAACUUUGGCUCCUUCUCGGCGGUCGCAGCGGUACUCAUUGCGUCAUUGGCCACCUCCAUCUUUGUGGUGCAAUGGGCCGGCCUUUGCUUCAUCCCGAUCUUUGUGCUCUACUUCAAGCUCACUGCGAUGUACCUGCGGCCGUCCCGCGACCUUGCUCGGCUCGCCAAGAUCACGUCGUCGCCCGUGCUGAGCUUCCUCGAUGAGAUCGAACACGGGUUCGUGUCGGUCCGCGCCUUUGGUGCCGCGUACUUGGCCAAGCAAGUCGACCGCCACGCCCAUCACGUUGAUAUGAAUGCACGCGUCGGGCUCGCCAAGGUUAUCGUCGAUCAGUGGUUUGAGCUCAUGGUGCAGCUUGCUGGCACGGGCGUCGUCAUGAUCGUCGUCCUCAGCCUUGUCUAUUUGCGGCCGUACCUCUCGGCCGGUAUCGUCGGUCUUGCGUUCAACUACAUUCUCGUGGCCAACGCGUACCUGGCCGACCUCGUCCAGAGCUGGUCGCGCCUCGAGCUCAGCAUGGUCGCUCCCGAACGCGUGCUCGAAUUUUGCGGGUUGACGUCCGAAGCCGACGCGCCCUCGUCAUCGCUUGUUGUCAGCGAUGACUGGCACCUCGCGCGCGGUGCCAUUUCGUUCAAGCACGUCAGCUUCCGGUACAAGCCAACGACCGACUUGGUGCUUCGCGACCUCUCGUUGGAGAUUGUGGCCGGCGAGAAGAUUGGCAUUGUCGGCCGCACGGGCGCCGGCAAGUCAAGUCUGACCAUGGCGCUCUUCCGACUAUACCCGCUCGUGUCGGGCGCCAUUUGCAUCGACGGCCGCGACAUUGCAUCUCUCUCGCUGCCCGCACUGCGCCGCCAGAUCUCGAUCAUUCCGCAAAACCCCGUCCUUUUCAAAGGCUCGCUGCGCGCGUACUUGGAUCCAUUCGAGGCAGAAACCGAUGCUGCCUUGUACGACGCACUGCGCAAAGUGCAGCUGCCCGUCGCGUCGCUCGACGACGAAGCCGGUGCCAACUGGAGCGUCGGCGAGCGCCAAAUGCUGUGCUUGGCGCGGGCCCUCCUCGCGCAAGCACGUGUCGUUGUCCUCGACGAAGCGACGGCCGCGAUCGACCACGCGACGGACCUGCACCUCCAGGAGGUCAUUGCAAGUGCCUUCAAGGACGCGACGGUCCUCACGAUCGCCCACCGGCUGCACACCGUCGUCCACUCGGACCGCGUGCUCGUGCUCGAAGCGGGCGAGGCCGUCGCGUUUGGCGCCCCCAAGGCGCUCGUCCAGGACGCUGGCAGUGUAUUCUACAACCUCGCAAAGGACGGUGGCGUCCUCGACCUUUUACUCGAGCAGCCCUCGGAUAAUCCAUCAAUGUGUUGAAUGGAAUAGUGAUAUAUUCAUGUAUCGAG